GUCGCUCGCUGCGCGCUGUGUCCGAGGCUUCGGCGCCUCUCCGCGCUGCGCUCAUCGCGGGGCCGAUCCCGGGCACGGGGAACCGAGAGGCGCGGCGUCACCGCACGGCGCUGCUCCGGAGCGCUGGUUUGAGAGCUUUUUGCUCCCGUCCUCUGGAAGGAGGGAUUACGAGUGAGCGCUGUGUGCGCAGGGGAAAGCGGUGCGGUUGGAAUCGAAGCGGGGACCGCGCUGAGGAUUGUGCUGAUGGGCCUCUGGUGCUCUUGGUGCCCGUCACGGGUUCGUAAAUCAAUACGUUAUUUUGGAAUAUUUCCGUCCAGGGCUGAUGUAAGAUAUUGGGACAUUGAGCAGCAGCCUUUGUGGAAAAAAUGUCCUACUGUGUCAAAGAGAGAGCUCCCCCAGAUUUUGCAAAGCCUCCAGUAAAUGAAACGCGGGAACCGGAACAAUUCCUAAUGCAGGCACCCCCAGGAAAUCCACUGCUGCUUCCCCACACCCUGCAAGAGCUAUUGAGCAAGGAUAGCGUGCAGGUGGAGCUCAUACCUGAGAAGAAAGGCCUUUUUCUGAAACAUGUGGAAUAUGAAGUUUCCAGCAAGAGAUUCAAAUGCUCGGUCUAUAGGCGGUAUAAUGAUUUUGUGGUGUUCCAUGAGAUGCUGCUGCAGAAGUUCCCAUAUCGAAUGGUGCCAGCACUUCCACCAAAGAGGAUGCUCGGAGGUAACCUUGGGUCUUUGUUUUGUUGUGUGAGUGAUCAAGAUGAUAUCACUGAAAAUAAAUAAUUGAAAGAGCUCAGU